GCGCUUCUCGAGUCGUGGCCCGAUUUUCGCGCCGCCACGGACAGGUCCAACCGCCAGGUGCUCGCGCCCCUCACGCGCGGCGACCUGGUCACCGUCAGCGCCCUGCCCGCGGUGGCGGAGGAGGCGCUGUUCCGCGGGUGCGUCGUUCCCGCGCUCGGGGGUGGACCGUUGGGGGUCAUCGUCUCGGGGAUGACGUUUGGCGCGCUUCACGUGGGUGGCGGGCGGAACGCGGCGUUUGCGGCGUGGGCGAGCGCGGUGGGGUGUUUGUACGGGGCGUGCGCGGUGGGGUGCGGGGACGUGAGCGUGGCGAUCGCGGCGCACGCGAUGGCGAACUACGCGUCGGCGACGAUGUGG